AUGCGCGAGUUCCUUAGCUACGUCCUCGAGUCGUUCCGGGACGCCACCGGCUGGAGCCGCGACAAUGGCUACUCGGACCUCAACAUCGCCGCCAACGAGCUGCUCAACUUCCCCACACCGCGCGGCCUGCGCCUGAGUCUGUCGUCGCUGGCCACGCCACACUUUGCCACGGGCUACACACUGGGGUCCGUCGGCGUCGUCGACGGUGCCAUUUCCUACCUGUACUCGUCUGUGCCUCUGGGGAACGUCGUCGCCCAGUCCAGCCGGGUGCCUCUGCCCACACUACUUCGGUCGUACCGCCAGCGGCCGCGGCCCAGCGGACUGCCGCCCGUUCUGGAUCCCGCGUUUGUCACGCCGCCCCGGGAGCGGGUGACCUUGGAGGGUCUUUUUCCCUUUUUGGUGAUGCCCGUCCAUACACACGUUCUGGCGACGACGACCGCAUCGACACCGACAACGACAAUCACAGCCACGACAGAUUCUACGAGCACGACAGCAACAACAGCGACACCGUUGCCGGCGUCCCCGCCCGCCGCGACAGUCCUCGCCUCCACCCUCGUCGUCCCCGUCGCCGACCAGUUCGCCGCAGCCGUCCACGAAGCUCGCGCCCUCGUCGACAAGCCCGCCCUCCUCUACGGCCGCCUCUACCUCCCCCGCUCCAUGCUCGAGGCCUACAUGGUCAAGCGCCUCGCGCCGUCCGUGCAGCUCCAGCUGCGCGCCGUCAGCGACGCCAAGCUGCCCAACGGCGGCACCGUGCUGGGCGUCAUGCAGCUCGACCGCGGGCGGUACGGUCUGGAAGGACUGGUGUCUUCGGAUGGCGGACUGCUGGGCGUACGCGGGCUUUACAAUUUCGGUCACGGCGGCAAGCAGCAGCAGGAGACGGCCAUGUCUCUUGCCGGCGGUGGCGGCGGCGGCGGCGGUGGCGACGUCGACGACCGGCUGAACGGCCGGUUCAGCGCCGGCGGCGAGAUUUACUACGGCACGCUGAACAAGUCGGGCGGCGUGUCGUUGGGGGCCCGGUUUGAGACGGCGGCGAUGGCAGGGGUCCCCGAAAAGAACGAAAAAAACGGAGUGACCGGGGUGGCCGGCACCCCCCUGACGGCGACCCUCACCAUCAACCCCCUCAUGGGCAACCUAUCGGCCGCGUACGCCGUCGUGGCGCGCGAGGACUGCUCGCUGGCGACGCGCUUCGACUUCAACGUCUACAGCUACGAGAGCGAGUGGUCGGUGGGCAUGGAGCUCUGGAGCACGCGGCGGCUGGCCGGGCUGGUGGCUGUCGAUGACGCGGCGGCGACAUCGCCAUCGUCUCUCACCGCACCGAGGACGUCCACGUUUGGCAUCCCGGAGCGGAGCUUCCAGGCCAAGAUGGAGUGGCGGUUGGAUGACACGGUCUUGUCGACACCGGCAGCAUCACUACCCUCUCCAGAAACAUCACCAGAAGGAUCACCGCCACCGCCACCACCACCACUGCCACUACCACGGUCCUCCGAAGAAAAAUACCAGGGCGUGCUCAAGGCGCGCCUCAACCAGAACCUCCAGAUCGGCCUGCUGUGGGAGGGCCGCAUCCAAUCGCUGCUGUUCAGUCUCGGGUCGGCCAUCGACCUGCACCGCCUGGACCAGCCGUUCCGCACACUGGGUCUCGAGAUUCAGUUUUCGUCGUGA